AUGAUCUCUUUAUCAAAUCAUUUACAAAAAUUGCUACUAAGUGGAUUAGUAUCAAACUGUAAGGAAGCAAUAGCAUUGCGCUGCAAAGUAAUUGCGAAGUAUGUUGUUCAGUCUUUGAAUGAUUAUGGUUGGGCCGUCGUUGAUAAUUUUCUUGAUGAGAAUAAUAGUCGCAGUAUAUUCAGAGAGAUUGAUGCUUUACAUAAGAAAAAAAUCUUUGAGCCAGGUCAGCUGAUGAAAAUAAAGGAUAACUCAAACUCACGGAAAAUACGAUCAGAUAACAAAAGUAACAGUGGUGCUAGUUUUCAGAUUUAUUGGUUUGAUAGCAGUGAUAAGCAUGUGGAUGAAGUUGUAAUGAUUUCCUUACUUCUUUCAAUGAUUGAUUCUAUCGUUCUUUACUGUGAUGGUUAUAUACCAUACGAAAUCGUUGGGAGAUCGCGGGUAAUGCUUUAG